GAACCUGCCAAGCAAUGAAAAUGAGACAAUUUUUGUCCAUAAAGCAGUGAACAAACUUCUAGUCUGCACAUACAAGAAAAGCAAAACAAAAAACCCCACAACCUUACAAUAAAACCAAACCAGAAGCCCUUUGAUACCCCUGUGAAAAAAAUGUUUGCCUCCACUGCAUGGGGAUCAUUCUGCUGGUUCUGGUCUUGCUGCUGGACAAAUCCUUCUCUGCUUUCAGCUGCAGGUCUCAGGGAAUGCUGGGCAGCCUGCUCACCUCCAGCUGGGGCUGGAGGAUAAAUCCAAGAUGGACAUCACUGCCUGGGGUGGCUGUGUGACACUCUCUGCAGGCCAGCUUCAGAGAAUAUUAAGCAUGGAACACCUGCAUGCAUGUGGGUCUCUAGAGCAAAGACCAACAUUGUUUAGUGAAUACCUAGAUCUGAACUGGGAUGACAAAAAAUUCAAACACAAUUUCACAUAUGAGAGAAAUCAACUCUUGUAUCCUGAUAAGUUUCAGUUAGAAGCUGUUCUGGAAAAUAUUUUCCUGACUCCAUGUGCCAAACAGAAGAUUCAGGGUAAAAUAGAAACAAACUACACCUCUUGCCUGAAUUACUAUUCAAGCUUUGAGUUCUGUGACCUUCCAAAUGCAAUUGUUUUAUCUGGAAAGCACCAGCUCAACAAAGAUGACACCAUUUUGCACUCAGAGGGCAGAUUCCACCUUGCUGAUGGUGGGAGAGAUGAGGGGCUGAUUGGAAUAUCCAUAAAGAAUCAGAGCACUGCUGAUGUGAAGAACUAUUCUCUGGAAAUUGAAUUAAGAGCCUUUGAAGAUAUUUGGCUAGGCCUGACAGGAACUGCUGCUUCCUCAUCUGUCCAGAGCCAAAUCCUGGUGGAGGGGAUUAUUGAUCAGAAAGAGAAAGUAAAAGUAGCUGCUUCAAAAGGAAAGGAGUGUUUCCAGUACUACAUGGGGUAUCUGCAAGGGGAUUUGGAAGAAGGAGUGGAAGUCAGUGCUUGUUCUGAUGGGAAACACAGGGCUGCCAUUAACACCUAUCUCAUCAUCAACGGUAAAAGGCAGGAAAACCUGGGACAAGUAACUCUAGCAGCUGCUAAUGGAAGCUUGAGUUUUCUGGCCCAUGGAUGUGGGGAUCCAGUUCUUAAGGCUGAGAACAAGCUUAAUGAAAUUGGGAGCCUUUUGAAAACCACACUGAGUGAGAAGAUAAAGAAGUUUGAUGGACACCUGUGGAGAUUCAGGAGAUCAGUGCAGCAUGUUGGUUUCCUGUCUGAAGCAGCUGGCUGGCCUUCAAUGGCCUUGCAAAGGGCAGCAGGAUUCCUGCACAGCGGGGCCACGGCUGUCGCCCAGGUGUGGAAGCAAAGUGGAAUUGGGCACGUUCUGAGAAGCAGGAUCCCACUUUACCUGGAGAAAAUUCAAGAUGUUGUCCAGCAAAUGCAGAACGAAUUACAAAAGCCAUUAGCAACUUUGAAAGAUGCCUACUACGAUGUAACCUUGAAGCCACUGGAUGAAGUCUGGAAAGAGAAGACAGAAGAGCACAUGAAGAAAAUCCUGGCUUUCUUACCCAAGAUUGUAAAAGAUGUGUGGCUAAUGAAACCAAUUCAGAUGGCAUUAAAGGUUGUGAAAGCAGGCUUGGAUAUGGCUACCCAGCAGGUGCUCAGGUGGGCAGAGGCCACGUUUUCCAGAGCUGUGAGCAAGAUCCGGAAGCCCUUGCUGCACCUGUACAGAUUUUCACCCAGGAACUGUUCAGUGGCAGGAAAGCUGCCAGUACUACCUAAAGCAGACCUGUCCCUGCAGCUGGCAAAUGUUACCACUUACCUCAUUGGAGAAAAACUGAUGAGGCCUCUGCAAGACCUCUACACUCUCAACAUCCUUGCAGAGUACUAUAGAAUCAAAAGGAGGAUGAUGGAGAGCCCCUUUGAAUAUCAUGCUAUGAUAGUUGGGAGCAAGCAUCUUGUGACUUUUGAUGGAAAAAUGUAUGAUUUGGCAUCAAAGUGCAGUGUUCUUCUUGCCAAGGAUUUUGUUCACAGUGCUUUCACUAUAAUACUAAAUGAGGAAACUAGGAACUCCAGAUCACUGUAUGUGGAGAUGAAUCAGACUGUGAUCACCAUCUACCCACGACUAAAGACAUCCAAGAUGUAUAACUUCUCCCUUAUGGAAGAGAACUGCCAAGUGCUGGAUCCAUCCCUUGAAAACAGUACCAUGAAUUCAAGGCAAGGAAUCAACAAAAUAGAAGUAUCUGAUCAGAAAGGAGUUUCUGUCUCUUGUGACUUUCAGUAUGAUCUCUGUACUGUCACUCUGGCUGGGUGGCACCAUGGUGUUUCAGCUGGGCUUUUUGGUACCAAUGAUAAUGAAGCUGGAAAUGAAUGGAUGGUGCCUAAUGGUUCCUUCACUGACAACGUGAAAGAGUUCACCCAGAGCUGGCAGGUAAAUAAGUGCAGUCUUGUAGAGAAGAAAGAGAAGCCAUGCCCAAUUACAGCUAAGCAAAACAUCUGCAAAGCGUUCUUUGAAGAACCACAUUCACUUCUUAGGAACUGCUUCAAAGUUGUGGAGCCCAAGCCAUUCUACACCAUGUGCACACAGGACACCUGUGACUCCCCGGCCCUGGGGGCUGCCUGCAGCUUGGCAGCAGCUUUUGUUCAUUUGUGCAACCGGAAUUUUGUCCCUGUGGAAAUCCCUCCCCAGUGCUCGAGCCAGCUCUGAAUGGCAGACAGCAGCCCUGAAGAUGGAAGAACCCUUUCAGCACCCAAGCCAGAACAGUUAUUUUAGGCAGACAAGCUAGAGGCAAGAACAGGGAGAGAACAGUAGAAGAGAGAAGCAUUCGUGUUAACUGUGAAUAUAGUGAAGUAUAUAAGGCAGAAAAGGAAAGAUUUCCACCCAGAACCCCUGAGGGCAAGAGAAAUGAUUUCAGUAUAUUGACAAGAAACUAUAAUCAACCAGAAGAAAUCUGACAAGAAAGCAUCAGUUACUCUAAAAAAAAUUCUCCCAUUCGGUGGCAAAAUUGCCUCUCCACAAGCCUUGAACCAUAGCACAAAUACACUGAAAAGCUGAGAAAAGCUCUCUUCCAGCUCAGAUUAGUACAAGUGGACUACUUUGUAAAAGCAGCAUCAACAGCCUAAAGUCAGCAGAGAUUGCUGACUUCUUUUUCUCCAGAAAUGAAACUCCACUGUUCAGCAGUUCUGGAGAAAGUUAUCUAUCUUUUCCAGGGAAGUGCUCCAACACACAAGAAGGCUAAGAUAGAAAUAAGAUGGGUAAAUAAUGGAAAGCAGUUAACAAUUUUCUUAUUUUUAUGCUGGUUGAUUUUUUCCUUAUUAAUGUACACACUGUUAAAUGAGAAACAGCCUUCUUGGUUUCUGUGCACCAGUUUCACAUUUUCCCUUUGUAAACCCCUUGACAGUUGAUGUGUUGGGAAAAGGUGACCAAUAUCUACCCUACCCAUGAAGUAACCUUAGGGUGUUACUGCUGCUCUUGUGUGUCUCACACAUGAUGAAUCCCUUUUUGUGUUGUAGGUCACUUGAUUUAAAAAUUGCAUCACCUUUCUCCACACAGUGCCUGGAAUGCAGCCAUUCCUUGGUGAAAGGUAACGCUGCAAAUGCAAUGUUUGCGUAAUAUGCAAACACUGAAAUAAUGGUGUUGGCUACUCUGACAUCAUGCUAAUAAACAUCUGCCUGCCUUAGUUUUAUGCUGGAGUACAUUUUUAUUGAUUAUUUGUAACAACAAAGUUGCACUGACCUCUGUAGAGAGUUGGCACUGGCUGGGUUUGGCUCACAGAAAAAGCAAGCAGCUGCCUCUUAUCUCGUGUGUGCUGCUUGCAGCUGCACUGGCUUUCUGAACAUUUACUCUCUAGCUUGAUACAAAUGAAAACAUGAUUCCUACACUAGUCAGGAAAAACUCCUGCCAUUUUUAGCAUUCCCACACACAUCAGAUGCUAGAAAUCAAAUAUUCCUCUGUAAUAAUUUUAUACCUGCACCCUUGUAAAAAGCCAAAAUAGUAAUAAGUAUUUCUGGAAGCUACAGAAUAUUUAUACCAGUUACUGAUUAAAAAAAACACAAUUUUCUCCCCAGUCACUGAAUGUCUCUUUACCCCCCAGCUAAGCACACCAAGCAUCUCUGAAAAAUGUCCUGUGGUGACAGUUUCAGAAACAAAGAAAAAUAUCAGCAAGUAGAGGAAAAGAUUGAGAAGAGCUCAGUCAGCAAUACAGAAAUACAGGAAUUUAACUAAAUCCUAACUUCAGACAACAACACUGAGCUGGCUGCAGACACCAGGUCUCCUCUAAAAGCUGCAGAUAACUUAUCACUCAUAAUAAAGAAGCCAUUUAACCACCAAAAAACAUUUUUAACUGCAGCCAUGUCACUCAGUCCAGUGUUUGGUAUCUCUGAGCAGUUCCUAGGUUCUCCACAUGCACAGGGCUGGGCUGGAAACCCUGCUGACCCCAUGGGCUGGACACCCCACUGACCCAGUGCACCUGCCUGCACACAGGGCAUGUAUGAGACACCACCUGAACUGAGCAGGGCUAACAGAGCCACCAUCAGGGGUGAGGGAAAAAAAAAAAA